AUUAUUUUUAAUAUUUUUACAGAAUUUUAUGAAAUUUUAACAAUUUUUCAAAAAUUCCCAAAUCACCCAAAUUUCCCCCAAAUAAUCCAAAAUCCCCCUCAAAAUCCCCAAAAUUCCCCUCUCUACUCUUAAAUAAUGAAGAGAUAAAGUGUUGAAAUGGAUGUAAAGUGUGAAUCUUUGGAUUGGAUUCGUUGUAUGAAUUCGCAGUUGAAGUCGCCUGGCGCUUACAUUUCCACUCGCUUGGAAUCUGUUUCAUUAGAACAGCUCCAGCGUGAGUUCUCAUCACUUCUACUCACAAGUCAAUCACACGGCUCAACACUUCUGUCCACGGCCUUCUCAAAUGCCACAGGGCAUAAUGAUAAUCUGAAGAAGAUUAUCAUGUCAAUGUGGCCUCUAAAGGACAAAGUUACCUCCUCCUACGAAUCUUUAAAGUGUAUUAGAGAUAAGAAUACACAAAUACUCGCCAGUGUGAACUCUUUGUUACACAGGUUAACUGUGGUACUAUAUAGUAAAAAAGCGUUAAGUAAGCUAAUUCUCAGUAAAAGGUUAUUUCACACACUUUGUACAGAAUUGCUACACACUUUCAAAUCUCUCAAUGUUGACAACGUAGGAGUAAGUAAUACCGUUGACAGUGUUACAAAUAGUGUAGGAGUAAGUAAUAGUGUAGGAGUUGACGAGUGUGUCGUGAGUGUGGUGGUUAGGAUGAUAGAGUUGGUGAGUAAGAAUGUGUAUAGGUUGAAUAGUAUGAUACAUAAUAUUGAGGGAUAUAACUUAGAAUCCAGCUGGUUAAUAUUACAAUUUGCACCUAAAGAAUUGGAUAGAGUGCUUCAACUGGUUGAGGAAUUUAAAUCAUAUGACGGGAAACUGAGGGAAUUAGUUCCAAAUUAUACAAUUUCAGAUGAUUUUGAAAGUUGUUUACAAUAUGUUAUUCAUCAUUUUUCAAUCGCAGAUUAUGUCAAUUUGGAAGCUGAGUUAUGUGUUAAAAAACUGGAGGAAGAUGUGCGAUCAGUGCGAAAAUCACUUGUGACCCUGACUGAACUAUGUUCCAGCGUAGCGUUUACAAGAUUAUACAAACUUUACACUGAGUUGAAUGAGUUGAACACGAUCAUCAACAGUGACGGCGUUGACAGAGUAAGAAUUAGAGCUGAAAUUAACAAGUUUUUAUCAGCACUUACCUAUACCAUCAGAGGCUUCACACUACUCAACUCUGAUCUCACUCCUCUGCUACACAUUUUCAAUGAUACCUUCCUAAUUCCCUUUUCCAACUCCUUUAAUACUCUUACCAUUACUACUUUCAAUAGUGUCACAAAUGUUAAUAAUGUCAACAGUGUCACUAAUGUUAAUAGUGUCGACAGUGUCAGUAGUGUUAAUGUAGUUAACAGUGUUAGUAAGGUUAAUAGUGUAAAUAGUGUUGGUAGUGUGGAAAUGUUGCAUGAGGAAGCGGGUACAUUUAGUGGUUUUGUGGAUAGAGUGGAGAAAGUGAUAUUUACGGAGAGUGUGUUAAUGCAAUUUCUGGACGAGUUAUCGGAGUUAAUUGGUGAUGAGAAUUUCAAGAGUUUAUGUAUUCUACGGCCUGUGGCACUUUGGAUUUUUACCAUAAUUGAAGACUCAUUUUCACACAUUUUCUCACCCAUAGACCCGGAUUACCGGGUAAACUACUCAUCAUUCGAACGCCUUCUCACGAUAAUUGAGUGUAAAUCCGACUCAACACUGUGUAACUUAUUCAAGUGGCGUGCCAGUGCAUUACCUUACUCAUAUUCUACCAGAUUCUGCGUUAAUGUUAUUACCAAUAAUUUUCUCGAUAAUGUUAUUUCUACCGUUAAUUCCGAACUACACAAAUAUCAUGAACUUGGGAAUCUACAAACUUACCACAUCAAACCACACACCAACUCCAACUCCAACACAGAUACAACGCAAACGGAGAUGUGUGAUGGGGGAGUGAGAUCAUUUUUUCUAACAUCAAGUCUGGUGGUGUAUGGGCAGAUGAUAGAACUGUUUAGUGUUCAAAUGUUUAAUCACAUGUUUGGCCAGCAUUUGAAGACCUUUAGUGAUGUCGUUAAGUUAUAUCUCAACCACAUUGAGUCAUUUAUUAUUCACAUGGAGAUGAAUAAUAACACAGACUCCAGCGCUAGAAGCUCUGUUCUAGAUUAUCACAGUGGUAAAUCUGUUACGCACAGUGCUUCAGGAUUAGAUGGCGGAUUUCUGUGGCCUUCAGGAUUAUCCUUUGCAUAUUCUGCCUAUGUGCUUCAUGAUAUUAUUCAAAUUUUAAACUCACUCACUAUUUCCGAUUUGACCCACUGUAAAUUCAACAAUUUGUCUGGCGAACGAUUCAAUGAGUUUUCUGGUGAAAAAUCCAACAAUUUGUCUGGUGAAAAAUCCAACAAUUUGUCUGGUGAAAAAUCCAACAAUUUGUCUGGUGAAAAAUUUAAUGAGUUUUCUGGUGAAAAAUUUAAUGAGUUUUCUGGUGAAGUUCGGUUUCACGGAUUUGGCGCAGUCUCAAUACUAAUCCUCAAAACAUGUUUAAUUCCACUUAAAUUAUAUAUAAAUAGAAAGAAUAUUAAGGAUUUGAGUACUCUGUGGGAUCACACAGUCCGACAAGGAUCGCCUGAGUUUGACUGUGAUAAAGAGUUGUAUCCUGAUGAACUGUGUGGUGAAGAGUUGGGUGAUAAAGAGUUGUGUGAAGUCAGGAGAUUACUAAAGUUUACAGUAAAGGGAAUGUUAUUACUGAUAGAAUUUAUUAAUAAUAUUAAUGAUCACAUCAACUUCAUUAAAGACAAACUCUGUCAAUAUAUUGUGAGUUCGUUGUAUAGUAGUUCAAAAUGCAGUUUACAAUUCAUACAAUCACUAGCCUCAAAAUUCAGAUCCUCAAACACACAAGAUUGUGAAGUGAGUGACUAUGUGAAGUUUUUAGUGGCGCCACUGUGUUCAUUUCAUGAAUUUACACGCGAAAUACUCUCCCAAGAAGUGGUGAAAGAUAUAAUGGUGAAGACUGUUCAGCUGGUUUCAUCAGAUUACAUUUCACACAUUAAAGCGCUUGUAAGUUCUGUGGAAACGUUAAACUCGUCGCUGACGAAUCCGAAACACAUUUCUCUUAGUGAAUACUCAGAGAGUUUCCUAAUCGUAGACAUUGAAAUGUUAAAGAAACAAAUAUCUAGAGAUAUUGAAGAGUUUUAUCAAACGUGUAAACAUAAAUUUAAUGUCCAAAAAUCAGACUGUAACUCACUUGAACUAUUGUUACAAUUUAACUAA